GGGGCGCCCGCAGGGAAAGAAAAGUGGAAACGUCUUACCUGGAGGAGGCCCCGGAGCGCGCAGGAGCGGUGCGCACAGCUUGGCACCUUUCAAGCAAACAGAGCCAUGCAGUUUCCCACUCUUGGGAGGGCAGCGGAUGAGAACUUCGACUACCUGUUUAAAGUCAUCCUCAUUGGGGACUCCAACGUGGGCAAAACGUGCGUGGUGCAGCACUUCACAUCUGGGUUGUACAGUGAGGCGCAGCAGAACACCAUUGGCGUGGACUUCACCGUGCGCUCCCUGGAGGUCAAUGGCAAGAAAGUGAAGAUGCAGGUAUGGGACACAGCGGGCCAGGAGCGCUUCCGGACUAUCACACAGAGUUACUACCGCAGCGCCCAUGCAGCCAUCAUCGCCUAUGACCUCACACGGCGCUCCACGUUCGAGUCUGUCCCGCACUGGAUCCACGAAAUAGAGAAGUAUGGGGCGGCCAACCUGGUCAUCAUGCUCAUCGGGACCAAAUCGGACCUGUGGGAGCAGCGGUGUGUGCUGUUUGAGGAAGCCUGCUCGCUGGCGGAGAAGCACGGCCUCCUGGCAGUGCUGGAGACAUCGGCCAAGGAGUCCAGGAACAUUAGCGAAGUCUUCCUGCUCAUGGCCAGGGAGUUGGUUGCCCGCAACAGCCCACAGGCCUGUACUGAUAGCAGCCCAAGCAAUGUCCCCCACAGUUCUACCUCCAUCAUCCUGGCCCAGGAGUUGAGCGAGAAGACCCACUGCACUUGCUGACCAUGCUUGUGAGGUGGCCUGCGG